AGUUCUACAAGAGAAUGUGUCACCCAAAGAACUCCAGAGGCGUGGCGUGUGCCUCCUCAAGCUGCGCGUGCAGAGCAGGCACACAGGGAUGUAUGGGCGUAGUGUGCUCACAAUGCAAACAUUUUGGCCUGGAAAUGAACUUCCAUCACACAACCUCAGUCCAGGUGACAUAGUAGGUAUCAGUCCAUCAUCUGGUGACCCCCGAGUAGAUCAGAUAGCAUCCGGCAUAGUGUCCAAGGUGGGGCAGAGCUCCAUCAGUGUGGCCUUUGAGGAGAGUUUUGACAGUCUGCAGGUUGAGGAUGAUACACAGUACAAGCUGAUCAAAUUAGCCAAUGAUGUCACUUAUAGGAGACUCAAAAAAGCCCUAGAACAACUGAACAAUUACAGGGCAGGAGUAAGUUCACAACUGAUAAACAUACUGUUUGGAAGUGCUGAUCUCAGCAUACCCUACACUGGCAUGUCUGGAAGUGGAGUUAAAGAUCUUGCCUUUAUCAACCCUCACCUAGAUGAGUCCCAGCAAGCUGCUGUGGAGUUUGCAUUAAAUCAGAGAGAGGUGGCAGUGAUACAUGGACCCCCAGGGACAGGAAAGACCACCACAGUUGUAGAGAUCAUACUGCAGGCUGUCAGGCAGGGGAUGAAGAUUUUAGCAUGUGCUCCUUCCAACAUUGCUGUGGAUAACCUUGUCGAGAGGAUAGGUGGUGCUGGUAAGGCUAAAGCAGUUCGUCUUGGCCACCCAGCAAGAAUAUUACCAGGUAUUCAGAAAUAUGCUCUGGAUGCCAUCUUGGCUACAAGUGAGGAAACCAAGUUGGUAGAAGAUGUCAGGAAAGAUCUCGAUAUAACAUUGACCAAAAUGAGGCGAACUCGCAACAAGGGGGAGCGACAGUCAAUGAGAGAGGAGAUGAAGUAUCUGAGGAAGGAGCUCCACCAGAGGGAGACUGCUGCUGUGCGAGAGAUCCUAAAGAGAGCAGAUGUUGUGCUGGGGACCCUGACCAGUGCCACCGAGGAUGGACCCCUGAAACAUUUAGAUGACCAACACUUCGACCUAGUUGUCAUUGAUGAGUGUUCUCAGUCCCUAGAAGCUGCCUGCUGGAUAGCUCUUCUGAAGGGACCGAGGUGUAUCCUGGCUGGUGACCACCAACAACUGCCUCCCACCAUUAUUUCACACAAGGCUGCCAAGGGAGGUCUUGAGGUCACUCUAAUGGAGAGAGUCCUGAAGCUUCAUGGAGACAAAGUGAUGAGAAUGCUGACAAUGCAGUACAGGAUGCAUGAGCUGAUCAUGAACUGGUCAUCAGAACAGCUGUACCAUGGGAAACUGGUGGCUCACGAGUCUGUGGCCAAACACCUGUUGAAAGAUUUGCCAGGGAUAGAGACCAAUGAGAAUACCACUUUACCUUUGUUGCUGAUUGACACAGCAGGAUGUGAUCUCCUGGAGCUAGAGACCUCAGAUGAAGUUUCCAAGGGAAAUGAAGGUGAAGCUGGCUUGGUAUCUGCCCAUGUGGAAUCUCUGAUAACCAGUGGACUGUCAGCAGAGGACAUAGCAGUGAUAGCCCCUUACAAUCUACAGGUUGAUCUUCUCCGUCUUCGUCUGUCUGCCAAGUAUCCUAAGUUAGAGGUCAAGUCAGUGGACGGGUUCCAGGGCAGGGAGAAGGAAGCUGUGGUCAUUUCAUUGGUCAGAUCUAACAACAAAGGUGAAGUUGGAUUUCUAGCUGAAGACAGAAGGAUAAAUGUAGCCAUAACUAGAGCCCGGCGCCAUCUAGCGGUGAUAUGUGACAGUGAAACAGUCAGUCACCGUGCUUUCCUUAAGUCCCUGGUGGACUACUUAAACAAGCAUGGAGAGGUUAGAAGUGCACACCAGUACCAGAAUGAGCUGGACCUGUCUAGUCACUAUGAACUUCCAGAACACAUUCAAUCAUCCAUGACAAAAGCAAGCUCUGGAAACGCACACAAGGAACAGAAAGAAAACAGUGGUGCAAGACCGAAAGCAAAUCAGGCAAAGAAAAAGAAGGAAAACAAAAGACCAGGGACUGCCUCAGAUACUGCUGGAGCAAAACCUUAUCUGAGUGAAAUCAAACAACCUACAGAUGAAGACAAAGAAGAGUUGUUGACUAGCAUAGAGACGGAAAUCAUGGACUUCAUGGCUGACCAGAACAGGACAGAGCACAGUUUUCCAUCCUCAUUGUCUUCAAGGGGAAGAUUUGUUGUGCAUGAGAUAGCAGAGAGAUUGGGUAUCACCCACAUCAGUCAGGGAGAAGGUCAGUCAAGGCACAUCAUGAUUAGCAAACAACCACCUGCUGUCUCAACAGAAACACAAAGAAGUGACAGUGCCCCAAGUAAUGUGCAAAGAGAGAAGGACAACAAUGGUGUAGGAACCCGUGGUCAAAAUAAAAAAGAGAAGAGAGACGAGGAAUUCUGUAACAAUCAUCAAAGUCUCUCUUUGUGCUCUGGACCAGAUGAAGCAAUACUACAAUUUGAAGAUAAAGCACCCACCAACCCCCCUACCCCAGUAAUCCAAAGCAACCAGACCCGCCACAUGACUGGCAAAGACAUCCAGCUUAGGUGUAUAGUGCUGACAUCUGUUGGCAGUACUGGAAACACCCUAGAAUGGAUCUAUCCUAAUAUGGAUGAGAGAUCCAGUCGGAUAACACAAGUAUCAGAGCAGCAUACAAUAGAGAAUGGAGCAUUCCAGUACACCAGGCUAAGGAAUAACUUGACAAUCAGUAAAGCCAUACCCACAGAUGCUGGGGUCUACACAUGUCGUGUCACCACAUUGAUUAACCAGCUGACUGCUGACGACACUAUCAGCAUAGAUGUUUUUGACUCCGCUUUUGCAAACCUUCGUCCAGAGAAAUCAGUAGUAGAAGCAGACCUGAAUCAGGAUCUUGUAUCCUUGAAUGUAAUAGUGGAUGCUUACCCUCCACCACAGAUAUAUUGGAAGAAAAAUGGGCAAACGAUUGGUAGACGUUUACCUAAGUAUGAACCAAGGCAGAAUGAAGAUAAGGCCAGCUUACUGAUCUUUGGUGUAAGGAGAGAUGAUGCUGGAGUCUAUACGGCACAUGCCCCAGUAGGUGGGAAAGAGGAGGCCACCUCUGUCACCUUGCAAGUUAUAGAGACUCCAGAGACAUCCAUCUUGAAGCAGCACACAGAAACCUUCUACAAACCAGGGAAGGAUUACAUCCUGGAAUGUGCAGUACAGGGGUUCCCAGUGCCAGAGAUCGUGUGGUGGUGGGCAGGGUGUAAAAGUUUGGGAUGCCCAGAGACUGCUUAUAUGAUAGCUAACAGCAGCAGAAACUUCAGGGGAAUAACAAAAGAAUCACACAGGAGUUUCCUGUCCCUGAAUGCUGUGGAGUCUGGAAAGUUUUCGUGCAGAGCCAGUAACAAAAAAGGAACGAGUGAGAGCACAGAAAUAGUUAUUGUGUCAGAUGCAGAGAAUGGAUUUGAAGUAAUCCGGAGUUCAGAAGUCCACAUAGAGGGAGAUAUGCUUACUGUCAGUUGCCGUGCCGCCAAGUACUGGUAUAGUGACCUAGCAGUGGAGCAGGAGAACGGGCAGCCAUUGUUGAGUGAUGCUAGGAGAAGAGUUAGUAACUCAAGCACCAAGUAUUCCAAUGAAAUCACUGUUACUAUAGAUUCCCUCUCUCUGGAUGAUACUGGUGUCAUAAAGUGUGUGGCCUUAAACAGCUCUCGUAUCAGGCACACCGUGGAUGCAGAUAUCAUUGUACUAAGUCUGAAGCCCCCUGUUUUCACCAACCCGCUGGCUGGUGUGAACACUGUGGAAGCCAGUGGUGUCUAUAAGCUGGAGUGCAAGGCAAGCGGAUUACCAAACCCUGUCAUCACUUGGUUCAAAGAUGGGAAAAACUUCAGCUCUGACCUAAAAAGACCCGGAGUGAAGUUUUCUAGUGAAAAUACAAAAAUCACCAUAGAGAGAGUUAGUAGGCAUGAUGCUGGCUUGUAUGAGUGCAGGGCAACCAAUAGAGCUGGAAGUAUCAUCAGUAACCUGACACUCCAAGUGGAGGGCGACCCAAUUCCAGAUGAUAUUAUCAAAAGAGGCGGAUUGUUGUCAGCCCAGCAGACGGGAAUGAUUGUGGGCAUUGUUGCCGCUGUGUUGCUCCUGGUCAUCAUCAUCCUGGUCAUCUGUGUGAUGAGGAGAAAGAAGAAACAGAGGAAGGAGCUACCACUGUUGAUGGACUAUCUCCAAGAUCAACCAAGACACGAUUUUAAUCCUGACAUUCCGAUAGAUGAACAGACAGAGUGCCUGGCAUAUGACCCAAAGUGGGAAUUCCCCAAAGAGAGGCUAAAGUUAGGAAUGGUGAUAGGUCAAGGUGCCUUUGGUCGAGUGGUCAAAGCAGAAGCCAUGGGUAUUAAUGACACUGAGGGCCCCACACCAGUGGCCAUUAAAAUGGUCAAAGAUUGUUAUGACUCCUCCCAGAUCAAAUCUCUGAUAUCAGAACUGAAGGUGAUGAUCCACCUGGGCCACCAUCUUAAUAUACUGAAUGUCCUGGGGGCUGUCACCAAGAAUAUUAGACAAGGAGAAUUUUACGUCAUUAUGGAGUUUUGCACUUUUGGCAACCUGCGCUCAUAUUUGAUACAGAAUAGGUCCCGUUUCGUAGACACCAUGAACCAAUUAACACUGGCCAAUGAGGGCUACUUAGAACCGGUCAGUAUAACUGGCCCAUCAUCUACGGGAUCAGCACAAAACACGCUGACAGGGAUCAAUUCAAGGGACAGUGUAAGAGGAGGAGCUUCAUUGACAGAUCCAGGUGCUGCCUCUGUGACAGCCAUUACAGAGACUACAGGGGGAACUGUGGCAGCAGAAAAUUAUUCAAAUAUGAAAAAAGAAGCUGCAGCAGACGGAGAAGACAGUGCGCAAAGCAUUAAGAAGGAACCUAUUCUAACUUCUAAGGAUUUAGUUUGUUUUGCUUUUCAAAUUGCCAGAGGGAUGGAUUAUUUGCACUCUAAAAAGUAUAUUCACAGAGAUUUAGCUGCACGUAAUAUAUUGGUGGCAGAGGACCAUAUAGUGAAAAUCUGUGAUUUUGGUAUGGCUAAAGAUGUAUACAAGUACCAAGAGUACAGGAAGCAGAGCCAUGCACCAGAACCAAUAAAAUGGCUUGCCUUAGAAUCUUUACUUGACAAAAUCUUCACUCCUAAAAGUGAUGUAUGGUCAUUUGGGGUGCUGUUAUGGGAAAUCUUUACCAUGGGAAGCACUCCGUACCCUGGCCUCGAGUUAAAUGAAACUUUUGUAGAUAAGUUAAAAGCAGGUUACAGAAUGCAGAGGCCGCCUAAAGCAUCUGCUGAAAUUUACGAGUGGAUGUUGGACUGUUGGCAUCCCGAGGCUGAAGAAAGACCAUCUGCUGCUGAAUUAGCUGAAAGAUUUGGAGAUCUGUUACAGCAUGAUACGAAGCAGUAUUACCUGGACCUAAACAACUCCUAUGCAGCAGCCAAUGACCCCUACUUGAAGAUGAAUACCAAUGGCUACCUGAGCAUGCAGGUAGACAGCGACAAUCCCAAGUGUAAAGAACUUGCAGAUGAUGAGGAAAACCAGGUGUCAAUGGGUUCAGACGGUAACCACUAUGUGGACAAUGUACGGUGGAAGAAGCCAACUUCCAAGGCCAAGGACGCAAAAGAUGCCUCAGAGAUGGAGCCACUUACAGCAGCCUCUGAAUCCCCUCCUAGGGAUAGCCAAUUAAAGGACUUGAAGGAAGACCUUAUGUACGAGAACAGUGGUAAGGGUUCAGCGUCAGUGGACGUACAUCAACAACAGAGCCCUGAUGUAGAAGAACAUCCACUAAUCUCACGGAAAUCUAAAACCAAACCUGCACCUCCUCCCAAACCACCAGGUCUGUCUCCCAAAUCCUCCCCUAGAACCUCACCAGAAAAAGAAGUUCACAAACCACAACCAAGGCCAAGGUCUUCAUCACCAUGGUUACCAAGGUCUGGCAGCAGUAGUCCUAGUGGUAGUAGUAGAAAUAUAUCGUCUCCCACUGGAGAUAGGUCCCCAUUGGUAUCUAGGCAACCAGAGAGAGAGAUAUCUCCUCCACCCAAAGAUUAUGUCAGUAUAUUCAAGAACAGGGAGAAAGGGUCAGGAGGGUCAAAUGCCUCCAGUGGCUUCCAUGAGGACAUUGAUUCUGAUAUUCCCCUGGAGAGGGCACCGCGACCACCAUCACAAGAACCAGAAUUUUCAAAUGGCUUGAAUGAAUCAGUGGCAUAG